ACGUGCAACGCGCAUGCGCGCGAUCGUGUUCGUUUAUUUUCAACAGUUUUGCGCGCGAACGAAAAUUAAACUUAUAUGGCAGUGGUGACUCGGCCGUUUGGUGUUGUACCCAGUGCGCGAGUCGACAGUGGGCAAGCGAGAACUCCUAAACAUGGCAGGACAGUCAGACGGAUAUUCGACGUUAUCAAAACACAAAUAUGCACAAUAGCCAUAUCGUUCACACUUUUCAACACGGUCCGGCUACCAAGAGAGGCGUUCAAGUAUGGCGAAAUCCCGUACUUGGUCAUCUAUUCCUUUUGGUUGCUCGUGGUUGCGUUACCAACGACACUACUACAACUGGCGAUUGGGCAACUCAGCAACCAGGACCCAGUUGGUGUGUGGAGAGCUGUGCCUAUAUUACGAGGAGUGGGUCACCUGAAAAUCCUUACGUCAUACCUAUGCUGCAUAUACAGCAUGGUCUACAUUGCAUUGUCCGCGGCCUACAUGAUCUGGAUUGGCAAGGGCACCUUUCCAUUGAAGGACUGUACAAAACUACACAUGACUCCGAAUGGUUACGAAAACAAAAUGAAUGCAUCCGAAUGUUUUAACUCGACGUUUUUGGCGCCAUUCACCGAACAGCCACAGUAUCUCGGCGUAAUGGCGAUUUUAAUAUUCGUUUUAUGGUUCUUUCUGCCCAUUAUGUUGUACCGCCUUCACAAAAGCCUCAGGAUAUCCUUGGUCAUUUUAUCCCCAAUAAUCGUCAUAGUUGCCAUAUUAUUAACCGUAUUUUUAUCGGACUUAAACAUAUUAUCCAAUAUCCUCGAAUCCUGCGAACAUUGGGCACCACUGUCACAACCCUAUAUAUGGCAUAGCACGCUAGUCCAAGCGCUAUUGUCGACACAAAUAGUUAGUGGAUAUUUAAUUAGUGCUGGAGGAUCUUUAUACAGACAUUCUGAUGUCAGAUGGACAUCAACGUUUGUAACAAUUACUAAUCUACUCUCAGGCUGGCUAUCCGUAUUCUUGUGGCAGUCAAUAGGAGGAGAAGGGGACAAAGAUACUAGUUUUAUCGCAAUAUUAGUUUUAAUAUAUCAGUCUUCCGUAUCAGAGAAGAGAUCAAAGGAAUGGCCGCUGUUGGCAUUCGGGCUGGUGUUGUUAUCAGGCAUUAUAACUGUGCUAUCACUUUUAUUCCCCAUAUACGAUAAACUUCAUCGUCUCACUGGAGAUUACUGGCGGAUUUUCGCUUGCGCAUCAUCAGCACUUGGAACUGCACUGACCGUGUCUGUGCUAGCCCAAGGUCUAGAUCUAGCAGCUGUGCUAGAUGAGCUGGUGAUCCCUGUACUGGCUGUGUUCACCGCAGUGGUGGAAAUCGUGGGAUUUGUUUUCAUUUAUGGUUGGUUCUACCUCACAGUAGAUAUACACUUCAUCACUGGGUCAAGAUUACCAUGGUUCUGGCUGGUGACGUGGUGGUCUAUACCUGUACUGCUAAUGGGAGUCACGGGAUGGUGGUUGCGAUCUUUGCUGAGGGCCACGUGGGGUCAAGGACAGACAUUGUGGCCUUUGGGAGGAGUUUUUAUCGGCAUAUUGAUAGUCAUGGUAGUGAUGGCAGCAGUUGCUGUGGCAAAGGAGGAACAAUUUAAUUUAUUAACAAAAAUAGCAUCAGCUUUCCGACCUUCUCGACUAUGGGGGCCAGAGGAACCAAUGGCAAGAUAUAUCUGGAUGUCACAACGAUUCAUAAAUGAAAACAAUUCCGAACAAGAGUUUAACACAGAUACCAAAACAUUUAAUCACAUUAUUAAUAAAUAUCACGAUAAAUGCAAUGAAAUAUACAAUGAAGAUUGGUUACAUAGUACCGAUAUUUACCAAAACACACCCAAAGCUCAAACCAAAAUUGAUCAUAUCGAUAAUGAAAAUCCCCUUUACAACGAUGUUGGACCGAUAUAUUCCAUACCAACAGUAUCUAGCAGUAAACGAAGAAAGAAAGCAGAAGAACAAUUCAGAUCACCGAAUAUAUGUAUCGCUAAGGACGAACUAGGAGGUCCAGUAAAUUGUAACUGCAACAGGCAUUUUCAACUGAAUGUGCCUGAUUUGAGAAACAACGAAGUAUCGACUAGUCUGUAGAUUUAAUCAGUAAAUUCAAAUCCGUACAACGAUUGUUAUGUCUAGUCGAGAUAGUAAUAGGACGUAUUAUCAACUACAAAAGUGCAGCUUGAUACGUAAUUUAUUCUAGUAUUAUCGAACAUUCCAAAAUGUAUUUUAUAAAAAUAUUUUAUAUAGAAAAUAGUAGACAUAAAUAAUGAAUGAUUCACCUAAUAAGUGGUUUUAGAUAAACUUGAUAACAUUUUUAAGUAUAUCUUUUAGCAUUUAAUUAUGUGGCUUUUUGACAAUAAUAGUUUUGCGAAAGCAACGUGUAAAUGUUAUAUAUAUGGUGAAGCGAGGCUUGAGUAAAUAAAAGAAUGUGAGGUUUCAACUCCUCUUACAAUAAUGUAAUUUUUAUUUAUUUCCACAUAAUAUUAUUGG